AUCUCAUAAGCCCACAUGUUAGCUUGUAUAAAACAUAGUAAUUCUAGAUUAAUUUAAACAUUCUUCAUCUGUCAAGAAAAUGGCCAAGAUUCAAUUAUUUAGUUUAGUAUUUAAUAUUCUCAUCCCAGCAAGCGUUUUGCAAGGUCACUCUCUGGGAGCACAUUUAGCAGGUUUCGUGGGUAAAUACGUCUUCGCAAUGACUGGUAAAAAAAUCGACAGAAUCAGCGGUCUAGACCCUGCUGGACCCAAGUUUGAUUACCCUGUAGCUCCUUCACAGAACAGACUAUGUGAUACUGACGCUAAAUUUGUGGACAUCAUCCAUACGGACAUGCAGGGCUAUGGGUACACUCCACCUUUGGGGCAUAUUGACUUUUAUCCUAACAAUGGAACGGAUCAACCUGGAUGUCCAAAGCAACAUUUCAAAGUCCGUUGCCAUCACGCUAGAGCGUCCUUUUUAUUUGUCGAGUCCCUUACAAACCGAGUGAAAGCCGUAGAGGCAAAAUAUAUAGAGGGACCCUAUUUCAAAAUUACCAUAAAACGCAAAAAGAAACCAAAAAAGGUUACUUUUGGAUAUUAUGCGAGCAGAAAAGCCAGAGGAGUGUAUUAUCUCAAAACUAAUGGAGCACAACCUUUCUUGACGAAAUGUUGGAAAGAUUUGAUUGAAUGGUGAUAUUCUGUAUUCCGUUAUAUUAAAUUGUACAGUUUUGUGA